AUCUUCGGGGGUCUACAGCUGGAGUGUUUUUGGAGCUUUGUUCUCCCACACCGCUGGAGGAACAGGAUCAGCUGAACUACAGAAGAUUUUAAAGUAUUCCAAGUUUUCUUCUGAAAUUUGUCCCUUCAAACAAUCAGGAGAUCAAUAUUAACCUGCUGAAAGAGGUGAAGCACAAGGCAUCCAGAAGAAUCUCCAGUACCUGCGAAAGUUGUUUGCUGCAUUUCACAGAAAAAUGAACCCAAGUCCAGUCAAGGAGAAAUUUCUCCACUCUGCAAGCAGUUUUACUACAGAGAGUGAUCUCAAUCUACAACAUUCUGUAUCAGAGAAACUGUAUCAGUGCUCAGACUGUGGGAAGAGUUUUAGUCUACUGCGUAAUCUCAAAAGACACCAGCGCAUUCACACUGGAGAAAAACUGUAUCACUGUUCAGACUGUGGGAGCAGUUUUACUACACAGAGUGAUCUCAAAAGACACCAGAGAAUUCACACCGGAGAGAAACUGUAUCACUGCUCAGACUGUGGGGGCAGUUUUACUACACAGAGUUCUCUCAUAACACACCAGCGCAUUCACACAGGAGAGAAACCUUUUCACUGUUCAGACUGUGGGAGCAGUUUUAAUAGACUGAGUCAUCUCAAAAGACACCAGCGCAUUCACACAGGAGAGAAACCGUAUCACUGCUCAGACUGUGGGAGCAAUUUUACUACACAGAGUGAUCUCAAAACACACCAGCGCAUUCACACAGGAGAGAAACCAUAUCACUGCUCAGAAUGUGGGAAGAAUUUUAAUCAUCAGAGUGAUUUCAAAAUACACCAGCGCAUUCACACAGGAGAGAAACCGUAUCACUGCUUAGACUGUGGGAAAAGUUUUAGUGUACUGCGUCAUCUCAGACAGCACAAGCGCAUUCACACAGGAGAGAAACCGUAUAAGUGCUCAGAGUGUGGGAGCAGUUUUGCUCAAAAGAGUUCUCUCAUAACACACCAGCGCAUUCACACAGGAGAGAAACCGUAUUACUGCUCAUACUGUGGGAGCAGUUUCACUACAAAGAGUUCUCUCAGUAGACACCAGCGCAUUCACACAGGAGAGAAACCGCAUCAUUGCUCAGAAUGUGGGAAGAGUUUUAGAGUAGUGGCUAAUCUCAAACUACACCAGCGCAUUCACACCGGGGAGAAACCGUAUGACUGCUCAGAAUGUGGAAAGAGUUUUAGUGUACUGGGUAAUCUCAAACUACACCAGCGCAUUCACACCGGGGAGAAACCAUAUCACUGCUCUGAGUGUGGGAAGAGUUUUACUCAAAAGAGGUCUUUCAAAACACAUCAGCACAUUCACACGAGGGCUAUUUUGCCUUCAUGAUAAAGCUCCUCUUGAUUCCAGAUGCCAGGAGGUAUCUAGGGUUUCCCUAGAUAAUCUAAGUUUAUCUAUAUCAUUUGAGUUUCUGAGCCUUCGGGAACAACACGUACGUAUUCAUAUAUAGUUACUCAGAAUGCUUUACGCUACCUGUACUGACAGUCUGUAUAGUCUGGAGUGGAACCAGCCAAUUGGAGAUGGGUUGAAGAUUCGUUUUCAGCCUUGGGCCUUUAUCUUCAUCAAAUUGUACCACUGUUAUUACUGAAUGCUGUACUGUAUGCCCUCAGAUAAUACAUAUUGGUGCUACUCGCAGGCUUGUUUGUACAGACAUCUCUGGGGACCACUUCCACUCACAAGGAGUUAAAAAGAAAUAGUCCCAAGAAUAUUUCACAGACAUAAGCAUUUAUAGACAAACCCCCCUUAAGGUCACGGAGGAAAGCAUCCUAGACAGUUCCCCAAAAACUGAUUCUGGCUGGUCUUGAUCAGAAUAGAAGUAAACUUGCAGGCUACUAAUGGAGUAACUACACUCAUACAUAAUAACUAACAACACCAUCACUGCUCAUUCAAGUUUCCAGCAGCAACAACAGCAUGAAAUCAUCUAAUCUGACAAUAUUGCGAGGUGCUGGACAUUUCCCCCCUUUGUUCAUUAAUUUGAGGCUUAUGUUUUUUAUGUUGUAACACUUUCAGAAAAAUUACUCCAUGAAUGGCUCAGUGCUUUACUGCUUUACCAUAAUAGUUGGAACCUCUAGCAUUAAGUCAGAACAGCUGAGCGGAUCAUCAGACCCUCUCUCGCCUCCAUCGUAGAUAUUUACACUACAAGCAUUCAGGGACUGCAUCGGGCACUGAGGAGCUGACCCAGGACAGAGUGCCAGUCCAUAUCUAGGCAUACAGUCAUACACACAUUCAAACAUAUACAUACUUACACACACAUUUCUCUAAUAGGUGAGGUCUUUUAUUCUUGUCUAAAUGUUUAUAAAUAAAGUUUCAGUGUGUGCAGUGUUCACUUACUCUGUACACAAAUGAAACUUUGUAUUUGAUCAUUUUUCAGAUACAAAAUAAGCCAGAAUUUGAUGGUAUUUAAGCCACAUAAACACAGGUUUUGCGCAGCCUACUUAAAUCCAAACAACCGUUCAGACAAUGAGUAGCUGACCCUGGACAGAAUGCCAAUUCAAAUCUGGGCAUGGUUGCAUCCACACACAGAACAAUUGAAAGUAUCCAAAUUUUCUGAACAAUUAGAGUAUCCAAUGUUUUUGGAUUGUGGGAGGAAACCGGAGAAAACCCACAUAGACACAAGGAGAACAUGGAAACUCCACCCAGGACUUGGGCAAACAUGCUAACCACUAAGCCAGCAUGCCACAUGAUUUAUAGUCUUAUCUUUUUUAUUAUUAAAGAUAUGAACAAAUUAAAUCAGAUUGAGUAGAAAAAAACAUUAAAUAUGUAUUAGGUUCAUACUGUGUGUAUUCAAAUAAAACGUACAACAAAUCUG